UUGGCAACUAAUAAAUAGUCGUUUAGAGCUUUCAUAAUUUUCAUAAUUAAAAGAUUGUUGAUAUCAGGAUAUCUAAAAUAAAUAUGCUCAAGACACACGUCACCAUAACAAAUACCAGUUAUUCUUGAUCAUAAGCAACCGUGUAAAAAGAGCGACUCGACUCUGAAGAGAAUGUCUUCUAUAUCGGCACAAGGUGUUGUUGAAAGGGCGAGUGCUGAAUUAACCAAAAGAAUCAACGGUUUGGGUCUGCGCGCAUCCAAGCACCAUGGCGGGGGGAAGACCAGUGUCAUGGAACGUGUCACAAACGUAUUUUGCGGAGGCGGAGGAGGCACAAAUACAAACUUACAAACGUCGAACGUGAAUGCCACCCCUGAUAAACCGAGCAGAGGUGGACCUAUUCCUGGUGGCACACCCGCCAGUGGCAAUAUCAAGGGUUUGAAUAAUGGGACGACAAAUCGUGGCCGCACGCUUCGAAAUAGGGCAAAAAAUGUACCACUGGCCAGUGGCGGUACAGGAGGACACGCAACUCCAGCUACUUGGGAACAGCUAAUCCAGGAUGACCAUUUCCUAGGUCACUUCUUUUUGUAUUUCACCGCCGGUGAAAGAAGGGUUUUGGCACAGGUUUGUUCGAGAUGGAGGGACGUUCUUUACGCCAGACCAAGGCUUUGGGCCGGGUUAGUUCCAGUAGUACGAUGUCGAGAGGCCCGAGUUAUGGCUUCUAGUUCACGAACUCGUCUUUACGCAUCUUUAGUAAGAAGAGGAUUUCAUUCUUUAGUUUUGUUGGGUGCAGCCGACGAAGACGCCUUGGAACUAACGCAUAGCUUUCCUCUGGCACAAAGGCACGUGCACUCCUUGUCAUUAAGGUGCUGCGCUGUGACUGAUAGAGGUUUGGAAGCCAUGCUGGAUCAUUUGCAGGCCUUGUUCGAACUUGAAUUAGCUGGCUGCAACGAGAUAACAGAAGCUGGUCUUUGGGCUUGUCUAACCCCAAGAAUAGUUUCACUAUCGUUAUCAGAUUGCAUUAAUGUUGCGGAUGAAGCUGUCGGUGCCGUAGCUCAGCUUUUACCAAGCCUCUAUGAGUUUUCUCUUCAAGCUUAUCACGUAACUGAUGCUGCGCUUGGAUAUUUCAGUCCAAAACAAAGCGGAUCACUGAGCAUACUCAGACUUCAGUCUUGUUGGGAGCUGACGAAUCACGGCGUUGUUAAUAUUGUACAUUCCUUGCCCAACCUCACUGUACUUUCGCUGUCUGGAUGCAGCAAAGUUACGGACGAUGGCGUUGAAUUAAUAGCUGAGAAUUUACCCAGGCUUCGUUCGCUGGAUCUAAGUUGGUGUCCUAGGAUAACUGACGCGUCUCUGGAGUGCAUCGCGUGCGAUUUGAAUCACUUGGAAGAGCUUACGUUGGAUAGAUGCGUUAAUGUUACGGAUAUUGGCGUUGGUUACAUUUCUACGAUGGGUUCAUUGAGUGCACUCUUUUUAAGAUGGUGUUUGCAGUUAAGAGAUUUUGGACUCCAGCAUCUAUGCAGCAUGCGAUCUUUACAAGUGCUUUCUGUUGCAGGUUGUCCACUCUUGACCAGCAGUGGCCUAUCGAGCUUGAUACAAUUGCGGCACCUCCAUGAACUAGAACUAACAAACUGCCCCGGAACAUCACGCGAGCUCUUCGAUUAUCUACGAGAGCACCUCCCACAUUGCCUGAUCAUUGAAUAAAAGCUUGAUGCCGAAUAUGUUCACACCGACGGCAAAUUAGAGGUAAAGGUAAGGUAAAAUUGAAACGUUUACACCGAAGGUGAAACACAGGUAGAGGUAAGAUCUACGAAUCAGGACACCUAUUGAAAGAGAAAUAAAAAAUCAGGCAUUGUAAGACAUUUCUGUUGGAAUCUUCGCAUCCUGUUACUGAGUCAUUUCCAAAGUCUUUGCAGCUUAUUGUGAGAAUCUCGUAUUUACGAAAGCCAGUUUCUAGCAGCAUACCGUUUUAAUUAACCUCAGAGAGAUAAAUUAGUUUUUCACUCGUUUCAUUGUACGUUGAAAAAUGGGCAAAAAAAAUAUGAUCCAACCGAAGUGAUAAAAUUUCAAAGAGAGGUCUGCGAUUGGUUUACAAACGAGAUACCAGCAUCACUCUUGUCACCUUAUUCAUCUGUAAUUCGUGUGAGCAAUCGUGAGCCGGUUUUGUUAUUCAGAUUCACAAUUUAUUUAAGUGGGCAGCUAUUACUUUUUGUGAAUAUGGAUUUCGAUCUGACCUCAGCGUGUUUAUUGUAAUUCAGAGUCCACGUUGAACAAUAUUGCAUGCUCAAAUGUGCUACAAUCUCAUGUUCACAUUAUAGAUUUGAGUCAAUUUAUCUUACUAUAAUUUUCUCUAGCAGCGCUUGAAAAAGAAACAUAAUCAUUUAAUUGAAAUGAAAUCAAUUGUACACGUAACAUAAUUUUUUGGUGGUACCUCAUUGGACAGAGUACGUUAUGCGUUGAAAAAAAUAAAUGCCAAUGAAAUUGGCAUACGCUUUUACUCAGUACGCACAUGAAAAUACUAAUUGCCCAGUACACAUAGUAAUUCCGUGUAUUUCACUUUCUUGCCUGUAUUCUGUGUCUCUGUAAUUGGCAUUGUGGCGAAAAGUCAUUAAACAUACGAUACUUGCAUUUUUACAUGGCUGCCCCUUGAAUAUGAGCUAUCGAAAGUAUUUGGUUUGCCCGACUUUCUCUACAAACGUUUCAUCUGCGGUAUAAUCGUAGUCGUUGUAUAUAUUAAAUCCAGAAAUGGAAAAUUGAUUGCAAUGACUUAAUUUGAAUAAUAAUUUGGUCAUAAUAUAAGUAAUUCUGAAUGUCGCAUGUAGGCAUGACACUCUACUUAUGCGAACAUAUUUAAAAAUGUCGGCUACCAUAAGGGGAGACAGUAUUUGACUUAAGACUUUUUUCAAAGCAAUACAUAAGCAUUUAUGAAGAUAAAGAAUGUCAACAAAAAAUAUCUGAUAACAUACUCAAGCGACAAAAAAUCUUACUGAUGCAAAUAAGAAUUUAAGUCAAUCGUCAUUUUUCGUUUAGCUUGCAUAGAGACAAUAGUUAUCAUUACUUACAGUUGCUUAACAAUAAAUGAGUAAUUGAUUGACUUCUUUAAAUUCCUGAAAGUAUUGCAAAGAUAUCCUAACACCUAUUAAUACACUAACGGAUUCACAUUGGUACGAAACAAUUUUUACUGAUAUUUCGUUGUUGCACGUAGUCUUUCAUGUGAAAAGUAAAAUGUCGAAUAAUUGUUCGUUAUUAAUUAUAAAUUAUUCUGUAAUUACUUUUUAUACAAAAAAAAAGGAACCUACUUUAUUUGUGACUGUAUACCUUUUAAUUGUACGAGUUUUUCCUGGUAUGAUUAAAAUCUGUGCUUGAGGACAUGGGUCAGCCAUCGUCACUCGACUUAUCCACGUGAGAAACACAAAGAUCACGUAUUUUCAAAACGAAAUUUACACACAGCUAAAUUUCCCCAAGUAGAUCAUUAACGAAAACGAUCGUAUAAUAUCUACCGAGACGAAACGCCUAAACUUAAGGUGGUAUUCUAGUCUAGAACUUUGAAAAAAUCGAUUUUUUCCCAUGAUCUGAUACUAUGAAUUAUGGAGAAUAAGUGGGUGAAGGAUUUUUUCAAAAUUCGGCAAAUUGGUGACGUUAUACCAAUUCUAAGCACCGCACUUCACGAUAGGAACGCAGAUGCGUGCUUCUUCUCAGUCUUCAAUCUUGAAUCUUGGUACGAGUCCACUUAGUUUGUCCUUUGGGUAUUUCAAAUCUUAGUUUGGUCUCAGAUAACCCAUGUCCUCAAAAUUUGCAACUCGGGAUAAUAAUUUGAAAAUAUUCUGUAUAAUAAAAAUUGAUAAUUAUUAAAUUUAUUCAAUUAUUAAAACAAUAAAUUUAAUGUUGAUUGUGGUUUUAGUUUAAUCAAUUGGGAUGUGCUCAGUCAAUAGUGAUAGUAAGGCAACAGAUAAUACUCAGAAACUGUGGAGAUUUUUUUUUAUUUAUAAUUAUAUACCUAUAUAAGUAUAUUGACAUAUAAUUUUAUGCUAUGUUAUUACAACUUAUACAUUGUAAAACAAUUGGUAAACCGUAUUUGUAAAAUUAUUUAUUUUGACAAACUUACUCUACUCCAAGUCUUCUGUCGUAUUGGCAUGUUAUGUACGCACCAAGUUAGGUAAAUACUAAAUGAACUGCUAUUACAACAGUAAUUAUAAUAAGUGAAUAAUUUUACUGGAUGGCUUAUUUGGAGUAAAUGGAAAUUUUGUGACAACGUAAUAAGCGAAUGACAGUUAGCUGCUGGGAAAGUAAUAGUAUUUGAAUAUUGAAAAUAUUUUACGUGUGAAAAUAUACAUUUAAGACAACAAAGAACGUAAUAAUUGUAAAUACCGAAGAGAAAAGGAAAUUAAUUAAAUCUGCAAUUUCGUUAUGAUUCUAAAACGAAACCGAUGUGUGUUGUGUUACUUCGUGAUGUUUUGCUGAUGAAAUAAUUUGUCGUACGGAUAAUAAAGAAGAUGCUAAGAAUAGUAGAACGAGAUAUUAGGUAAAAUAAAAGUAUUGUACAAA